AAAAAAAAAAAAAUAAAAAAACAAAUGAAGUGAAGUGAAGAAGGAAGCAUGUGUACAUUUACAUACACAUUAGACGUACACAUAUUACGGUAUUCUGUGUUUUAAUAAAUUAUAAAUAAAAAAAAAAAAAAAUAAGGAAACAAAAAAAAAGGAAAAACAUUAGAAAUGGAAAAGAGAGGAGAAGAGAAUUUUAAAAAUGUGUGAGAACUAGAGAUAUAAUAAAGAGUAAAUACGAAAGCAUAAGAACAAAAGUAAAAGGAAAUAAGAAAACCGUUAAAGAAAAUUUAUUAAUAUUAAUCAAAAAGGAUUUCGAAAUUGAAUACUAAAACUAUUGAUGAACUCCUAAAAAACCUCUUGAUGCAUCCUUAGUGUUUACAUCAGCCUGAGUUGUAAUGCGCCUUGGGGGUGGUGUACCAUACGACGGCGACCCCCCGACAAUGAGCGCUGCUGGCAACGACUAUGCCGAAUUAUGUGAUCUUGGACCUACGCGAUGGAGCUCGCGUGGCUACUAUCAUGUACCACCACCCGCGCACAGUUCAUCUUUGCAUCCUAGCAUACUGCAGCAGACCUCCACACAUUCAUCCUCUAGUGUGCCGACCGGCGGUUCGGCUGGUCUUACGGCUCAUCAUUUGCGUGCAACAACUAGCAGUUACGAAGCUGAAGAUAUUGCGGCCGCUACCUAUGGCAUGACAACACCACCGCCAGGUGUAAGUGGUUUAACAAAUAGUUACGCUGUUAAUUCACGUAUCGGCAACAGUACCAACUCGUUACGAGCGGGUCGCUCUGGUUUAUAUUAUUCACCACCUGGUACAUCGUAUACGAUUAUAGAACGACCGCAUUCACCUCACUACUAUUACAAUUCGGCAGGCGUGGCAACAAAAGGAGGUUCAUUACCAGGCCGUGGUUCUGCUUAUCUAUCGUCAUCGCCCGCUAGUCAUUUAGCCAAUAUGAGUGGCGCACUGCCUACCUCGACGGCAGCAAGAUAUGCGAUAUCCUCUGCCUCCGGUGUUAAUGGUGGCAAUAAAAAGCGACCUAUAUCACCAGAGCAGGUGUUACGUAUGUUUGGUGCCACCCAAUCGUCUUCAGUUCCUACCAGCAGUUACCAUUAUAGCAAUGGCACACGUGACCGUACGGGGCGACGUAGUCCUGCCAGUAGUCCCCCUUCAACAACACAUCAGAUCUAUCGCGAUAGGGACAGAGAUCGAAGCGUGCCCAAUAUACAUGAGCUUUCUACGCGAACGGUAACUAUGUCGCGUGAUCAACACAUUGAUCAUGGCUUCGGAAUAUGUGUCAAAGGAGGUAAAGACUCAGGAUUGGGUGUGUAUAUAUCCCGCAUUGAGGAAAACUCUAUAGCGGAACGUGCUGGUUUGCGUCCCGGUGAUACAAUCCUAGAAGUGAAUGGCACACCGUUCACUUCAAUCAAUCACGAGGAGGCGUUAAAAAGAUGUGUGCAGAUACUGAAAUCAUCACGUCAAAUCAGUAUGACGGUACGUUCACCACCCAUACUGAGUACGACAGCGCCUUUGCAUGGCUUCGGUCCACCCUCUAGAGAUCCGAUGUAUGCAUCUAUGGUUCCCCUGCUGUCCCAAACACAAACGGCAUUACCAGUAGGUACUAGCAUAGGGAGUACAGGGACCUUACCAUUUCGUCAAACAUGUUCCUGGAUGGAUCGUCAUGGUAGACCCGCCUCACCGCCUAUGGAAUACGGCGGUCGCAGAUCCGACCGUCGCGAUAGAAUAAGACGUGUCGAAUUGCUAAUAGAGCCCGGACAAUCGUUAGGAUUAAUGAUACGCGGUGGCGUUGAAUAUGGUUUGGGCAUAUUUGUUACCGGUGUAGAUAAGGAAAGUGUAGCGGACCGUGCUGGGUUAAUGGUGGGUGAUGAAAUAUUAGAAGUCAACGGCCAAUCAUUUCAGGAUGUAACUCAUGAUGAGGCGGUCAGCCAGUUAAAGUAUCAUAAGCGUAUGUCAUUGCUCAUACGCGACGUUGGCAAAGUGCCGCAUUCCUGCACCUCCAUUGAAAUAGAGCCUUGGGAUGCUUAUAGUCCAACGGGGACAAGAGCUCGUCGAAAAGGUCAAAUUACGGCCAUGGUUGAGGAGAAAGCUCGUUCACUUUUGCCUCGACAUCAUUUCGCAAGUCUUUCGUAUUACAUAGCUGAAUAUAGUGCGAAAGCAAUGACCAUAGAUGCCUUUGUAGCCGUCUUACUUGAAAUGCUAGAUACAUACGAAAAGCAUACGCUGGUAACGGAAAUACGUGAACUCAUAUUUCCGGAAGAUCGCACCCGUUAUGAUGAGCUAGUUUAUAGAAGAGAACGUGAUCCUUACGGUAGCGAAAGAGUGCGGCGUAAAGGAGAGAACGUACGUGAUUUGCCGGACUACGGCUAUGAUGAACAUAGGUCACGAAGAAGCAGUGAAACUCGAUUACCGCACACGGAAUACGAACAUGAUGUGGAACAGGGCGGCUACCUAGAUGGAUUACGUUCACAUUUGGGUGGUUUAACACAACGUGUCAAAUCAUGGUAUUGGGGACGACCUAUUGAGUUGGCUACAAAACUCUCGAGAAGUUUCGAUAUGAAGGAAGAUGGCAGCACAUUACUAAAUGAGAAGGGUGUACGUAGACAUCAGUCUAUGCAACGUUUGUCAGCUGAGCAGAAUGGUUCAACGACUGAUCAAAUUCAUGAACACAAUCCCAACGUCGUACCUGAUAACAGAGGCAAUUUACAUGUAACCGUAAAGAAAACAAAACCAAUUUUAGGUAUUGCCAUUGAAGGUGGUGCUAACACAAAACAUCCGCUUCCCAGGAUCAUCAAUAUACAUGAAAAUGGUGCAGCUUAUGAAGCAGGUGGCCUAGAGGUAGGACAAUUAAUACUUGAAGUAGAUGGGAAUAAAGUUGAAGGUCUACAUCAUGAGGAGGUUGCCCGCUUAAUAGCUGAAUGUUUCGCUAAUCGUGAAAAGUCUGAAAUUACGUUCUUAGUAGUCGAAGCAAAAAAAUCAAACCUUGAACCUAAACCAACAGCAUUAAUAUUUUUAGAAGCCUAACAUUUGCUUGCCCUGCCGGCUAGUGAUGACCCAUUGGAACAGCAGAAACUUGAGUUCCUAUACGAAUGGGGUAUCGACGUAACGACAACGCCAAAACCAAUGCCAACACCAAUACCGCUCACAAAAGCUAAAAAUCCACCGCCACUGCCAUCAUCACUUAAUAGCCAUCAGCAUAGCAAUGGAAACAACAUCAAUAACAUCGCCAAAAAUCCUCAUAAAACGACACGUCAAAAAGAAGAAGAACAGCGUUAUCAUCAAUUUUAUCAUUUACAUAGAUCAGGAGCACGCUGUAGUCGCACCCAUUUCGAUACAAAAACGCAAAAACAAA